GGACAGCGCCCGCCCCGCCCGCCGCGGGGACGCGCCUGCCGCGAGCGCGCGGGCGCCCUCCCUCCCUCACGCUGAGGUAACGGUCUCCCGUAACGGCGGAGAGAGGAGGCAGACGGGCGGGUGCCGCCUCAGGGAGCCGCCUCCCUCCCUCCGCCACCGCCCGGGCAGCCCGGCCUCGCGGGUGCAGUCCGCCGCCGGGUGAGGGUACCGCGCUGCCCCUCGGCCGGCCGCCCCCCUCCGCCCCUUCACCCACCAGCCCCCCCCCCCACCGGGGCGCUAUGAGCCAUGAAGCCGCCCGGCAGCAUCUCCCUGCGGCAGCCGCGCUGCGGCCGCCGCCUCCCCGCCGCCGCCGCCUGCCGCCUCACGCUCCUGCCGCUCCUCGGCCGCCUCGUCUCGCUGCUCCUGCUCCUCCAUGGCUCCUCCUGCCCGCGGGCCCGCGCGGCUGCGGCGGCCGCCGACCUGCAUUGGAAUGAAACAGCAGGCGGUACAGGGGGAGUACUGGCAGAUGAAGAGAAUACGUUUCAACAGAAUAAAAGCAGCAACAGUAAAAAUAACACCUACAGCAAUGCAAUCCAGAAAGAAAUCACACUGCCUUCAAGACUAAUCUAUUACAUCAACAGAGACCCUGAAACCCCUUACCAUGUCCUGGAUACUAGGGCAAGGCACCAGCAGAAACAUGACAAGGCUGUACAUCUGGCCCAGGCAAGUUUCCAGAUUGAGGCCUUUGGCUCCAAAUUCAUCCUUGACCUCACACUGAAUAAUGACUUGUUAUCUUCCAAUUAUGUGGAGAUUCACUAUGAAGAUGGGAAACCAAAGUUUUCUAAGGGUGGAGAGCAUUGUUACUACCAUGGAAAUAUCAGAGGUAUCAAGGAUUCCAAAGUGGCUCUUUCAACUUGUAAUGGACUUCAUGGCAUGUUUGAGGAUAGUACUUAUUUGUACUUGAUAGAACCGAUGGAUUUGAUCCAUAGUGCAGAAAGUAAAAGUAGGCCACAUAUCAUCCAAAGAGCACAAGCCACCAAGCAGUUGCAGGACCUCGAGACUGAAUCUAGUUCUGAAUGGCCCUAUCUGUCUGAACUACAGUGGCUGAGGAGAAAGAGAAGAAAGAGAGCAGUAUCUCGUGGUGUCUUUGAAGAAAUAAAAUAUCUGGAGCUCAUGAUAGUCAAUGACCAUAAAAUGUUCAAAAAGCACCGUUCUUCAAAUGCAUACACAAACAAUUUUGCAAAGUCUGUGGUAAACCUCGUAGAUGCUAUAUACAAGGAACAGCUGAACACCAGGGUGGUUCUUGUUGCUGUGGAAACUUGGACAGACAGAGAUCAUAUUCAUAUUCACCCUGACCCUCUGAAGAUGCUUCAUGAUUUCUCCAAAUAUCGACAGCACUACAUCAAACAGCAUGCUGAUGCUGUGCACCUGCUCUCGAAUGUGACAUUUCAUUACAAAAGGAGCAGCUUAAGUUACUUCGGAGGGGUUUGCUCUGUGACCAGAGGAGUAGGAGUGAAUGAGUAUGGCCUCCCUUUGGCCAUGGCACAGGAACUAGCACAAAGUCUUGCUCAGAACCUUGGAAUACAAUGGGAGCCAGCUGCCAGGAAACCGAAGUGUGACUGCACUGAAUCCUGGGGUGGUUGCAUCAUGGAGGAAACGGGGGUAUACCAUUCCAGGAAAUUCUCCAAAUGCAGCAUUGCAGAAUACAAAGAGUUCUUACUUCGUGGAGGAGGUGCUUGUCUUUUCAACAGGCCAACAAAGCUUUUUGAAACCACUGAGUGUGGAAACGGAUAUGUAGAAGCAGGAGAAGAAUGUGACUGCGGUUUCCGAAUGGAGUGCUAUGCAGACUGUUGUAAGAAGUGCUCUCUUUCUAAUGGAGCUCACUGUAGUGAUGGACCCUGCUGUAAUACAUCAUGUCUUUUUUUCCCACGAGGCUAUGACUGUCGAUACGCAGUGAAUGAAUGUGAUAUUGCCGAAUUCUGCACUGGAGAUUCUGGCCAGUGUCCACCAAAUCUUCAUAAACAAGAUGGGUAUGCCUGUGAUUCUAAUCAGGGUCGUUGCUAUAAUGGUGAAUGCAAGACCAGAGAUAAUCAGUGCAAAUACAUCUGGGGAUCUAAGUCUUCAGGAUCUGACAAAUUUUGUUAUGAAAAGCUUAAUACAGAAGGCACAAAAAAAGGAAACUGUGGAAAGGAUGGAGACCGAUGGAUUCAGUGUAGCAAACAUGAUGUUUUCUGUGGCUUUUUGCUCUGUACUAAUCUUACUCGAGUUCCACGAGUUGGUCAAGUUCAAGGAGAAAUUAUCCCAAAUUCUUUUUAUCAUCAAGGACGAAUAGUGGAUUGCAGUGGUGCUCAUGUUCUUCUAGAUGAUGAUACAGAUUUAGGUUAUGUGGAGGAUGGAGCUCCAUGUGGACCUCAGAUGAUGUGUCUGGACAAAAAGUGCCUGCCAAUUCAGUCCUUGAACAUAAGCAGCUGUCCCAUUGGUUCUAAUGGAAAAGUCUGUUCUGGUCAUGGGAUUUGUAGUAAUGAAGCCACUUGCAUUUGUAAUUUCUCCUGGGCUGGGACAGACUGCAGUAUUGAUGAUCCUAUCAGGGAUACUGGUAGCAAGAAGGAUGAAGGACCCAAGGGUCCUAGUGCCACCAAUCUUAUUAUAGGCUCCAUCGCUGGUGCCAUCCUGGUAGCAGCUAUUGUCCUUGGGGGGACAGGAUGGGGCUUUAAGUUAUCAGAUGUUCAUAUGAACAUACGGUACUGUGGUGUCAAGUCCAUAUCAAACAAAUGUCAAAAAACGAAGGUUCGAUCCAAGUCAACAAGGCCCUAUCUGAAGAAAUGUGUUUCCAAGAGCUGCUUCUUACACUACUGGAUUUUGGGUAUGGUGUUUUUGCUGUAGCUGCACAUGAACUAACUCAUUAAGGAAGAACAUGAGAAACACUAACUAUAAACACAGUGUUGGGAUGUUAGGCUUUGAGGCAGUAGAAGACUCUCCUUUUUGGAGAUAAGUUCGAAAUACUUCCUCUAUUCACUUUUCUCCUGUUAACAUUAACUGACAAGUGUUACAAGCAAACUGUUUCAGAAUCAGGUGGGGUUUUUUUCUUUUCUCAAGCAAAGGAGGACACACACAGACCAAGUGCAAUAAGAGAACUGUUCCAAAAUAAUGAAAUAGCAGAAGAUUUUUCCCCCAGCCUGCUGGCACUCUAACUUCACUUGAGUUCGCAUGACUUCCUUUUUCUUACCAAACUCCAGUGGCAUGAGGAGCUAGUUCUGAAAGGGUAACCUGCAUGGCUCACAUACAGACAACCAAGCUCGCAAGCUGACCCCAAGCAGAAUCUGCAGCCCAAUAAAUGCAAACCACUGGGAGGCCGGUACCAGGCUCCGAUAGCUUUUCCAACUGCACAGUGCAUUCCACCACUGGACUCCAGUGUUCCCUGCUCUGGGAGCUCGCUCUCUACCUUGGUUUGGUCUCCUGGGCCAGGAGUCUGUUGGGAAUGGAAGCCACCGAGUGGUGGAUGUAAUUCUUCCAAGAAGGAAAAAGUGUAAAUAUGGAAAUAAGAUUUUGAUGUAUCAUUUUCACAGAUUAUAUAUAAAUAUAUAUAUAUGAGAAAAGGAUUUCCAUAUAAAAAAUUCUAUUCUUUAUGUAAAUCUAUUUUUGAUGUUGGGUUUGGUUUUGGGUUUUUUUGCUCCCCCCCUUUUUUUUUUGGUAGCAUGUUGUACAGCAGAUGUUCUGGGCUUGCUCCAAAAAGGCAGAUAAUAGCAUGCAGAUGCAGGGAGUUCUGACACCAAAACAGAUGUGAUCUGAAGUUUGUAUGCUUGAAACCAAAAACAAUUAAAAUGUAUAAAUACAUAUCUAUGUAUUGACUAUAAGUCUGGAUUACUUUUUUUUUGGCUGUUAUACAGAUUUUCCAUAAGAUAAUGUAAGAUAAGUGACACCCUCUCAAACUAAUCACAGAAGUGCCAAGCUUUUUUUUAUUGUUAUUAUUUUUAACUAUAGCUACUUUUUUUCCUAAAUCCUGUGAACUAAAAACUUAAAUAAGCCUUAAAAUACUCACAAAAAGUCAAAAGCUUGGACGGAGUUCUUCCUCUCCUGCCUUCUGCCCACCCACCCAUAAUGGGCUUGCAAAGGUGACUGACGUUUCUGACCCACUCCCUGUAUCUCUUUGAUGCAUCUCGCUUUUCAAAGCAUAAUGCAAAAUCAGUACUUUGACCCUUGGCUGCUGAUGGCUAGUUACCAUCACAGAGCGUGCAGAAUCCCACGUAAUCUCAGGGGGUCGUGCACCGUAAUGACUCGUAGGCACACCGUGUGCACAAAGAUAAGAGCUUUGCAGGAAGCGCUGGUACCCGCGCUGUUCCUCUGGGCCUGCCCAGCUUGAGAAAGGUAGGAAGGUGUCUAGUUUAGGCCUCCCUCCCAAGUGCAGAGCUGUGCAGUCUGGCUUACCCUCUUCACCUUGAUUUAAAACUUAGGUAAUUCGGUUUGCAUAAGUGAAGUGACCUGAUGAAAAUCUCAUUGCUGCAUCUGAUAAUCAAGUUUAAAAGUUGUGUUGGGUAUUAGUAACAACAGAAGUCCAGUUACAACUGCUUACUCCAUCUUUGUUUAGUGGAAAUCCAUUUCCUGAGUUAACUUUAAGAGCCAAAACAGUAAGAAAAUGCUGCAGAUUUCCUGUGACUUAGAAAUCUCAUUUCAAUUAUAUUUCUUAUUAUGAUAAUGUUCAAUCCAACAGUUUCACAGAGAACUACAAUACUGUCAUAGUUUAAGCACCCGGGACAGAUAUAUUGUUUUCGUUGACAGUUAUUAUUAAAUGGUUUUAAACAGCUUUAACAUAAUCACAUUAACACUUACUACGUUAUGAGUUAAAGGUGCUGCACACAGGUAGUCACCAAUGAUAUGUGUUAUAAAUCUUAUCCUGAAAAAUCCCUGCCUGGCUUCAAGCAGGAGGAAGUUAGUGACAAUACUUUCAUGGCAAACCAAAAAUACUUGCAGCUGUAUUAUUGUCCUCAAAAAGUACUUUGCUUGGGAACAUAAUCCCCAAGUUUGUUAGGGUUCUGCUUCUAAAGCAAGAGUAACCCAUAACAGAAACACUAGUGGUUACCAAAAAUUAAAGUAAGUAAAAUCAAGUGGCUAUACAUAAACUACCUGUGUAAUAAACCUUUGAGAAGCGCUUCACAAACAGCAUUGUUAGUGUGUGAUGUGAUGUUCUAAAUCAGACCACAGUGGUCCCCAGCUACUAUGUACAUAUGUUCAGUGCUGGAGUAACUUUUUGAUUUACACCAGCGGUUUCAUAAAGAUUAUGAUUUCCUGACUGACUUUAUGCUCCACUCAUCCACUGUGGUGCGUAUGUGAAAAAAUACAUUCGCCUUCUGCCCUGCUCGUACACGAGGCUGGUGGCAGCACUGCUUGAACAGACACAGGCAUGAGCACUUUCUGUGGUGGCAGACAGGUAAAACAUGGGGUUUGGUAGGCGUUGAUUUCUACAUCCUGCCUUUGCUGUGCUUUGGGAAGUCUGUGUAGUGUUCAUCGCAAAGCAUCAUCAAAAGAAGAGCUGCUCAGCACUGCCUCCACUUCAUCCACUCUGUUUGCUCCAUUAUUUACCUAUUCACAUGGACAAGAAACUGCGGUAACUAUUGCUUGUUCCAGUUUGCUGCAUGAUCUCAUUGAUUUGACCCGAUCCUCCUAAAAGAGAAGUCUGCCUGGCAACUAACAGCCGUAUAGGUGCAUGUUAAAAGAAACAGAUUACUUAUGGCUGGAGUUUAACCAAUUUUUCUUACUAUGCAAAGAUGGGUAUUGCACAAACAAAUUUAAGACAAAUGUCUGAGGAAAUGCCAUAGAAUACUUGAAGUUAUGUUUUAAGCCUACUCAGUCAUGUUUUAUAUUCAUUAUUGCUUCCACUGUUACUCUUCCUUUUGAAAAUGAUUUGUAAUUAUUUUUUUAAGUGCACAACUUGAUGUUAUAAAUCAAGUUUUUGUUUCAAGUUAAUACUCAUUCAUAUCUUGUUGGCUGCUAAUGAAUGGAAAUUCAAUAGUCCUUGUUCUGCAUCUUAGCAAGAUGAGUAUUAAAAACGUCAUGAACGUGGAA